AUGGAUAGCGGAGCAAUGACCAAAGGCAACGCCGCCUUCGCCGCCGGCAACUACAGCGACGCCGUGCGCCACUUCACCGACGGCAUCAAUUCCUCCCCCAACAACCACGUCCUCUACUCCAACCGCUCCGCCGCCUACGCCGGCCUCAAUAGAUUCUCCGAAGCCAUUUCCGACGCGCAGAAGACCGUCGAGCUCCGGCCGGUCUGGAGCAAGGGCUACUCGCGUCUCGCGGCGGCGCACAUGGGCCGCCACAACUACGACGACGCCGUUUCAUCCUACAAAAGAGGUCUCCUAAUCGAUCCGUCGAACGAAGCUCUCAUAUCGGGUCUCGCCGACGCCGAAGCAGCUUCCGCCCGGAGCUCCGCCUCUCCGCCGGUCGUGGACUCUGUUCCACAAUUGAAUCUCCUGAAAAUCAAUAAUGAAGAAGAAGAAGACGAUAAAUCAAUUGUAGCAUCAGCUCACAAUGCUCCGAUCGUUUCUUCCUACAACGACAAAAUCAGGCCGCUCCUCGACACAAUCGACCGGCUGCGCCACCUGAAAGUCAUGCAGGAAAGGCAUCCAGCUCCCCCACCAUCGUCGUCGUCGGCGACCAAUCCUCCGGAAAAUCCAGUGUCCUAG